ACAGUUUCACUUCCUGUUUUGUUUUCAUUGAGCUACCUCUGUUGCUGCGAACCAGGACAGCUCUUCAGCAGCUUUUCACUGCAUCACAAGGCAAAAAGACAAAAGACCUGCAAAUGGUCCCCCAGUGGCUGAGCUGCAGUACUGCAGCACUGUUGCUCCUGCUUCACAUCACUACCGCUGUCACCCAGUCUUGCAGUGGCGUUACCCCAGGGAUUCCUGGGAUACCAGGCACUCAUGGGCCCGACGGUAGAGAUGGCCCCAAAGGAGAGAAGGGAGACCCUGGUGAGUCAGGUUUGUCUGGCAGGGGACAAAAGGGGUUGCCAGGUCUGCAGGGCCCCCCGGGACGGCCCGGACUGAAAGGAGACCUGGGUGAACCAGGGCCUCCUGGAGCUACUGGCCGGCAGGGGCAGAAGGGAAGAGCCUUCAUCCCUUUCAGCCAGCAAAGAUCUUUCUUCUCCUACGUACGGACAAUAUCAUACCCACCACAGAUUGACACUGACAUCAACUUCGACAGAGAGAUUUUGCCAGACCGGUUUCAAGGAGGGUCGCUGACAAAUGGAACAUUCACAUGUGCCACCAAAGGCGUCUAUUUCUUCAGUUACCACAUAUCAGCAAAGAACAGAGUGUGUCUGAAGCUGAUGAGGCGCGGUGAAGCCCACAUGACGCUGUGUGACACAUCUGACGGUUUCCUGGUCACCUCCGGUUCGGCGGUCCUCAAGCUGGAGGCGGGAGACAUGGUCUCACUGCAAGCAACCAAGUACAACAACAUUGUGGCAGGCCAGAGCAGCACCAGCCACACCUUCACCGGCUUCCUGAUCUUUUCCACUGCUUAAAGCUCCAGCCCCAAUCAUACUCAAAGUCACAGACCUUUUGAAGCAUUUAUAGCAAUGAAAUAAAAUGUGCUUCCUGAAAUAGUACAAAAACAAGCAGAAUUAAUAAAGGUUGCCUGAGUCGUAUCGUGUUGCAUGUUUUAGCUCAUUACUGUAAUAACAAAUCAUGUGUACUUUAAAUUACUAUUUUCCAAAAACAUACUGUAACAUUUUAUAUCAAAUUCCAAAUUUUCCAACAGUCAAUAUUUGGGGAUUGCAAUAAAUCCUUCACAGUGAACAAUU